CACCGUCGCUUCCUACAAGAAUCUUGGAAGUCCAUUCUCCACCGUCGGAUGGAAUCAACAGCCCUACCCGUUUAUAUAACCCACCCGUUUCAGUUUCCCCCGGCUGAGAAGCAACGCAAACGCGAGGAGACAGUUCACAAACACACAGACAGACGCAACCAAACAGCGAAGAAGAAGAAGAAGAGGAAAGGAGCUCCACAACCAACCAUGGCGGCGACCGUUUCAUCUCCCUGGGCCAAGCCCGGCGCGUGGGCUCUGGACGCCGAGGAACACGAGGCCGAGCUCGAGCAGCAGGAGGUGCUACAACAACAACAACAACAACAGGCGACGAUUAAAGAGGCCACGGCCGAUUUCCCUUCCCUGGCCGCCGCCGCCGCCGAUCUGAAGCAGGCCAAGAAGAAGAAGAAGAAGACGACGGCCAUUCCCCUGGCCUUGUACCAAGCAGGUAAAUACGCCGACCCCGAAUUGACGACCGCGGCCCUCCCCAAGGGCCCACGCGAGCGCUCGGCGGAGGAGCUCGACCAGAUUCGCGGCGGCGGGUUCAGAUCCUACGGUAUGAACAGUUACCGGAGCGGCGAGGAUUCGUCUAAUUCGCGCUGGGGGAGGGAUAGUAAUUCUAGGUCUUCUGGCCCUAGGGAUAGGGAUUCGAGCAGGGAAAGGGAACCCCUAGGUCCGUCGCGAGCGGAUGAGGACGAUGACUGGUCGAAGGCGAAGAAAUCGCCGGCGGCGAUGAAUGGGAACGGGUUCGACAGGAGGGAUAGGGACAGGGAUAGGGGCUCGUCGUUCUUCGAUUCUCAAUCGAAAGCCGACGAGGCUAGUAGCUGGGUGUCCAAUAGGCCGGCAGUUGAGCCGAGGAAAUUCGGCGGCGGAGGAUUUGAGCGAAGAGGUAGCUUCGAUUCUAUCUCACGAGAUAGACAGGGCUCCGUUAACGGUGGUGGGUCUGCAGAUUCUGAAACCUGGGGGAGGAGGAGGGAGGAGGGGGAUGGAAUAGGGGCCAUGACUGCUCGGCCGAAGCUGGUGUUGCAGCCAAGGACUGUGCCUGUGAGUAAUGACAAUGAAUCGGUGGCUAAGCCCAAGGGGUCGAGUCCAUUUGGGGAUGCUAAGCCGAGAGAUGAGGUUUUGCAGCCGCCACGGGCUGCCCCUGUGAGUGAUGAGAAUGAAUUGGUUGUGAAGCCAAGGAGUUCGAAUCCGUUUGGGAGUGCUAGGCCGAGAGAGGAGGUUUUGGCGGAGAAGGGGCAGGAUUGGAAGGAGAUUGAUGAGAAGUUGGAGAGCACGAAGCUCAACAGUAAGAAUGAAGAGGAUAAGGUGGAAAGAUUGGAUAAGACUUCAAGGUGGAGCUUUGGUCGUGUAGGCUCUGGUGAAACUGUGGAGAGGAGCUGGAGGAAGCCCGAUUCAGUCAAUUCCGGUUCUCGGCCUCAGAGUGCUGAGACAUUAGAGAACGUAGUCGAGAAUGGACAUUCAGAUUCUACUGAGCAUGAGAAUGGGAAGCAGGACGAAAAUGGCACCGCCGAGGAAAACUAAACCGAGACCACUGAAGUUUUGCCGAUGGAUUGAUAUGAUUCUUGAGAGAAAACAGAGAGAUUAGUAGAGAGAGAGAACACUAUUAUUUAUUAGCAGACCCUGUGCUUUGUUUCAUAACUUAAUGUAUGAGUUUCUGUUAUAUACUCUUAUCCUGGUACUCUCAUAGAGAGACCUCUCGUUUGUUUUGUUUUUUCUCCCUUUGCUUGGAAGGAAUUGAUACUGAACAUUGUUACUCUGUUCUUCUAUUGAGUUUUGAUGUCUGAAUUGGUUUAUUGACUCUACAUUAGAACUAAUUA